AUGAAGAUCCCUUCAAUCACUUUUAUCCUCGUGGCAUUAGCCACCGCAGCGCAAUGUGCGCCUGUGGGCGAUUGUACUGGAGAACUUUGCAUCCGAGGCAACGGCGGCGGCGGCGGCUCCGAUCCAAUUCCCAGCGGUAGCAACGUAAACAACGGCGGGAACGGCGGGAACGGAGGAGCAAACAGUGGCGGUCCAGGAGGAAACGGCGGAAACGGUGGAGGAAAUGGUAAUACACCUCCUCCAGAUGGUAAUUCCGGUGGAGGAGCUAGCGGUGGUGGUGCAGGGGGCUCUGGAGCGCCUGAUCUUGGGGGAAUAAUCGCGGGUAUCAUUGGUGGUUUAUUUGGAUAA